UUCUGAUGAGAUCGCGGAUUUAGGUUUCCUGCAGGUUAGGCUACCUACAUCGCUAAGAGCAGAAUUCAGAUAAUAACGCAGGUCGCUGGCGCUGCGGAUGGUACAGUGGGCCCUCUAUUAAUUUGACAACGUAGGCCACGACAAAAACAAACCGCACCUAACCUCGAAUACAUCUAUUAUAUACAUAUAUUUUUUGAUAAUUUUCUAUUCAACAAUUAUGGAUAUGCAUUGAAGUGACGCCGCGAUCCACAAAAUGGAAGGCAGUAGGAACGUGGAUGGGGACAAGGCGUCCUUCUGGAAGAAGAACAGUAAAACUGUGCCAGGAAGGCCUAGUCCCAAGAAAGAUGUCAAGAUCAUUGGCAAAGUAAAACCAACAACAACAACAUCCUUCCAAGAAUUCCAAGCAUCAGUUAGUGAUGCCUGGGAACUAGGCGAUGAUGAAUUUUGUAUUGUACCGGGAAUUGAAAAGACAAGAAUAUCAAAGAGGGUUUCAGAAUCAGCAGCUUUAAAUGUUAUAAACAGUCAUAGAAAUUCUGAGGGCUGUGCAGAGUCUACCAGCAUGAAACCAGAUAUUGAGUGGGAAAUAAUGAGGAAUCGGAUACCAGGAAGACCGCAGCCUUUGCGUUGCACAAAUCAACAAGAUGAAGAUUGUGAGUCGAAGCUCUCCAAGUUUCAAACUCUAUUAGCAGGAUCGCCGAGUAUGAACGACCUUUGUGAACUCAGCUGGUCAGGAAUACCAGUAAAAAUACGACCAGUAUCGUGGAGAUUAUUAUUGGGAUAUCUUCCAGUGAACUUGGAGAGGAGAGGCGGCGUGCUUGAACGAAAGAGACAGGAAUAUUGGAACUCCGUGAAACAGUACUAUGAGAACGUUACUGAGGAAUAUCAGGAGACGUAUCAUCAGAUUCAUAUUGAUGUGCCCAGAAUGAACCCCACGAUACCUCUAUUCCAAUUCAAGACGGUACAACAAAUGUUUGAAAGAAUACUUUUCAUUUGGGCCAUAAGACACCCGGCGUCUGGAUACGUGCAGGGUAUAAACGAUUUAGUAACACCGUUUUACGUGGUCUUUCUGCAAGAAAUGAUACCAGAUGAUGCUCCAUUCGAAUUGUUCGAUGUAAAUAGUUUAAGGCAGGACCAGCGAGAUAUCAUCGAAGCUGAUAGCUUUUGGUGCCUCUCGAAGUUUCUUGAUGGUAUCCAAGACAACUACGUAUUUGCGCAAUUAGGAAUCCAAAAGAAAGUAAACCAACUAAAGGAACUCAUACAGCGCGUGGAUGAGACGCUGCACAAACAUCUGAUCAGCCAUAAUGUGGACUACUUACAAUUUUCUUUCCGAUGGUUAAACAACCUGCUGACAAGAGAACUACCCCUAAGAUGUACUAUUAGACUGUGGGACACCUAUUUGGCUGAAUGUGAUACCUUCGCUUCGUUCCAGCUUUAUGUUUGCGCAGCUUUCCUGCUGAACUGGAAGAAGCAACUCUUGAACGAGAAUGAUUUCCAAGGACUUAUGAUAUUACUGCAGAAUUUGCCCACACGUGAGUGGACAGGCCAACAAAUUAGAUUACUAAUAGCAGAGGCUUACAAAUUGAAAGUAGAAUUCGCAGAUGCUCCUAACCACCUGCAAAGCAAUCAGGUCGCCAGCUGAUUAACAUUACUAUAAGGUCAAUUAUUAUUGUUGUUGUUGGUUUUUUUCUUCGGUAAAUAAUUACAGUUUUGUGAUCGAUAUUGAGGCUCGCAAAUGAAACCCAUCGAACUGUAAUUACUUAUCGCAAUUAAAUAUUCGAAAUGAAAAGUUCACUCCAGUCCUCCCGAUUUUUACUCUUAUAAAUAUUUUUAUAUUCAAUAACUGUAAUUUGUAUAUUAAUCCACAAUAUGUUCAUAACUAUA